AUGCCCGCCUCGGCGUCUCCUCCUGUCCAGCCCGCGGCACCGCCCCUUCCUCCUCCUCCCGCUUCUCCUGCCCCUCCGGAGGAGGUGGAGGCGACUGCUGGUUCGCCUUCGAGGGCUUCGGCAGUGGGGACGGUGAACUGGGGAACGGCCACCCUCGUUGGGGUCUUCGCUGGGCUGCUAUACGGAGGGAGCAGGGAGGCCUCCGCCUCCGUCAGUAAGGAUGCCGAGGUGAUGCUGAAGAUGGGAAGCACCACUGACAAGCGUGAACAGUAUAGAUUGAUGAGAGAUGCCAUGGAGAAAAGGUUCAUCCGGGUUGCCAAAGGUUCACUAGUCGGGGUGUUCGGCUGGGGAUGUUUACUCAUACUUUCUUUGGCAUACAGAACCUUCUUAUCGACACUCGUGGAGUUCAUGAUGUAUUCAACAUUGCAAGCAGCUGGCUCUGCUACUGCAGCUGCUUUUGGGCUUAUAUUGCCAGGCUCAAUGAUGUGGCGUGCAAGGAAUGUUUUGGUGGGAUCUGCUCUUGGUGCUGGCAUCUGCUAUCCACUUGGUUGGGUACAGUUGAAGCUGGCAGAAAAGGCCAACUUGGAGAUUGCAAAUUCGAAACCAUCAAACGAUUUGACAGAGGGAAAAGGAAAUCAAACCCGUGUGGGUGCUGCUAUCGAACGACUUGAGGGUAGUCUGAAGAAGUGA